AUGUAUGGGUCAACAGCUUCGUUUUAUACUGGUACAAAGACGAAACGAACUGUGCCAGUUUCUUCCAACCCCAUGAUUCCCCCUAAAAGAUCACACAGAAACCCAGUAAAGUGUGCCUUCUGUCAGGAAUCACACAGUUCCAUAGAUUGUACCAAGUACCCUGACGUCGCAUCCAGACUAGCCGUCGUAAAAAAGAAUCGACUAUGCUUCAACUGCCUUGGUUCACACAUGAUGUCCAGAUGCAAGUCACGUCGUACAUGUCAGAAGUAUCACAAGAAGCAUCACACAAGUAUUUGCCAGCCAGAAAACGCCCCGCAACCUACUAGACCUACACAGACUCACAGUGACCCAAAGGCACCAGCUCAAGCGUCCUAUCCCCAACCGGAAGUUACGAUGCACGCAUCAUCAACCCAAAAAUCCCUAUCCGGAGUUUUACUGAAGACAGCCAUCGCCCCUAUAUGUUCCAGAGAAAACCAUUCUUUAGACGCUACUAUCCUAUUUGAUGAAGGAUCACAACGAUCGUACAUAACACAGUCGUUAGCGCAAGAAUUACAACUGCAAAGGGAGACAACCGAGACAAUUUGUUUGUCGGCAUUUGGAGGGAGGAGUGACGGAGUUCAGCACCUUGAUACCACUACGGUCUACCUGAUGACAGAUUCUAAGCAAAAGAUCCCUAUCAAAACUAUUAUUGUCCCGACCAUAGCAAAUCCCAUUACUAUUCACCUGAAAGAUUCCAGUGUUAAUUUACCAUACUUACGUGGUCUUAAGUUAGCCCAUCCAGUGAGCAGUGACAGUUGUUUUAACAUAUCCCUACUCAUCGGCGCCGAUUUCUACUGGGAUAUUGUUGAAGAUGAGGUACGACGUGGAGAUGGUCCCACGGCAGUAAAGUCCAAGAUUGGCUACCUAUUAUCCGGACGCUUACCUGAUUCGACCUCCAGAGAUUCUACCCAACAUGCACUGAACGUUAUCACUUCCUGUGCAGAUGAAGUCCAUAGCCUAGAGAAAUUCUGGAAGCUAGAGGGUAUGGGGAUCGCCGAUAGUACCGAUGACGAGAAGAUCACAGACUACCUUGAGAAUUAUCAGCAGAAUGCCAUUCAGUAUAGUAAUGGAAGAUACACUGCCCAGUUACCAUGGAAACAAGACCAUCCUCCACUUCCCACAAACUACCAGAUUACCAAACGCAGAACCGAGAACACUAUCAGGCGACUAAGCGCAGAGCCAGAGAUACUGCAGAAGUAUGGCGAGAUCAUCGCAGAACAGGAAAGAAGAGGCUUUAUAGAGAAAGUUGACGAAGAUUCCCAGACAACAAGAGUGCACUACAUACCCCAUCACCCAGUGAAAAAGGAUUCCUCUACCACCCCCAUUAGAAUUGUGUAUGAUUGCAGCUGCCGAAAAUCCCGUGAUGAGCCGUCCCUGAAUGAUUGCCUAGAAUCAACCCCGCCCAUCCUGAACGAUUUGACUUCCCUUCUAACCCGAUUCCGGUACAACAGAUACGCAGUUACCACAGACAUUGAAAAGGCUUUUCUUCACGUGGGCCUGCACGAGAGUGACAGAGAUGUUACGAGAUUCCUAUGGCUACAGAACACUAACGAUCCCUGUAGUCCCUUGAUUACCUAUCGCUUUAAAGUUGUGCUAUUCGGCGCUACAUGUUCGCCAUUCAUGCUGAAUGCGACCCUCCUCAAGCACCUACGUUUGAACCCGAGCCUCAAAGCAGCUACCAUUAUAGAGCGAGACCUCUACGUAGACAACGUAGUAUCCAGCUUUACAAAUGAAUUAGACCUCUUGAACUACUUCUGGGAAUCCAGAACACUGAUGUACAACGCCGGCAUGAAUCUACGUUCCUGGACCUCUAACAGCGACAAUUUACGUCAUACCGCAAGUACCGUCGGCGUACUCGAUAGUGAUGAGUUUACCAAGGUCCUAGGCUUACGUUGGAAUCCCACUAGUGACAUGCUGUCAUUUCCUCCAAGAGUUAUUCCCCAACUUCACAAAGUGACAAAAAGAGCAGUCUUGAAGUAUACAUCCAGAAUUUAUGAUCCACUAGGCCUGCUUAGCCCUGUAACCAUCAGAACCAAGAUUCUACUACAAGAUCUAUGGAAGAAGAGUUAUGACUGGGAUGUCCCGUGA